UUUUGAAGAGAGAGAGAGAGAGAGAGAGAGAGAGAGUCUGGGGACUUAUCCAUAUUUGGUGAGGAGGGGAGAGAGGAAGGAGUUCUCCUGUCACCAAUGUUUGCUGUUGGUACCAUCUCCGGCUUUCCUCUGCUCUCUCAGCCAUACGGCAAUGAUGGUGGCGGCAAUCUUGUCACCACCACCACAUCCGGUCUUGGUUCCUCGUUGUUUUCCUCUCACAGCUCAUGUGGUUGCAUGUGUAAUCUCAGAAGUUCAAGUGCUAGGAAGAAGCUCGCAUCAUGGUCAAUGAGAAGUGUGGUUGUAUCUUGCGGCGGAGCUAAAGCGGGAGUGGUGGGUUUAGAGGAAGGAAUCGAGAAAGAAUCAAAGCUCCUGGCGGGGUCAGAGGAAGGAAUCCGGAAAGAACCGAAACCCAUGGCAGAUUCUCUGCGAAAUAACAAGAGAUCUGCUGACUGGAAAGCUGCAAAAGCAUAUAAAGAUAGUGGUGUAAUCUAUGAGGGGAGGAUUGGAGGCUUCAACAGUGGUGGUCUGCUUGUUCGAUUUUAUUCUCUGGUUGGAUUUCUUCCUUAUCCUCAGUUGAGCCCAUCACAUUCUUGUAAAGAGCCAGGCAAGGCCAUUCAGGAAAUAGCAAAAACUAUGGUUGGAUCAAUCAUUUCUGUCAAGGUUAUCCAUGCAAAUGAAGAAAAAAGGAAGCUGAUUUUCUCGGAGAAAGAGGCAAUGUGGUCUAACUAUUCUAACAGUGUCAAGGUUGGCGAUAUUUUUGAAGCUAGGGUGGGUUCUGUUGAAGACUAUGGUGCUUUUGUGGACCUACGGUUUCCUGAUGGGUUGUAUCAUUUGACUGGACUUUUACACAUCUCAGAGGUUUCUUGGGAUUUGGUUCAAGAUGUAAGGGAUGUAGUCAGUGAAGGUGAUGAAGUACGGGUGAAAGUAAUACACAUAGACAAAGAAAAAGCAAGAAUCAAUUUGUCAAUGAAGCAGCUAGAGGAUGACCCGUUUCUAGUGACUCUGGAUAAAGUGAUAGCCAAGGAGGAUACAUCUAGCCCAGAAACUUCACGGUCAACUGAAGAAGUGAACGCAGAGCCAUUUCUAGAGCUGAAAAACAUAUGCCAGGAACUACUCCAAGAGGAUGGUAUAAGUGAUGUACAAAUAGGCAGACAAGGAUUUGAGAAGCGUGUUGUUUCACAAGAUUUGGAGCUUUGGCUUUCAAACAAACCAGCAUCAGAUGGACAAUUUACUCUGCUUGCUCGAGCUGGUAGGCAGGUUCAGGAGAUACAGUUGAAAACUUCGCUGGAUCUUGAAGGCAUAAAGAAGGCUGUGCAACGAGUCUCUGGACGGGUUCAGUAGUCAGCUCCAAAGAAGCGCCUAGCCAAAUUUUUACUGUAAUAUGAUGAUUCAUUUGUACUUGCAUUUCGUUGUUGAAGACUGAUACUAAGAGGGCCAUCUUCAGUUGGUUCGAGUUAUUGUUUUCUAGCAAUCGGAAAAUGACUGAAAAUUGGGGAAGCCUGUAAAGGGAUAUUGUUUCAUCCUGAGUUGAUGUCAAGGACUUUUACGUUGAUAAGAUGAAGAGGCGCCUGAAAUUGGGGUACGCUUGUAGACGGUGGUCAUUACUACUGGAGAACUAAAGAUCUAUGUAAUGUGAGGACGGCCUAUAUCAAUGUGAUGCAUGAAAUGUCACCCAUUUAUAAUUGUAAAAGUAAUCACCAAGUGCAUAA